AUGUCUUCUGUAAGCUCAAAAGAUUUUACUACUAUACAACAACUUUUAGAACAUGAUAAUCAUAGGAAUCGUAAAGCGAUGCUGGAUUUUAUUGCUAAAGAUCCUAUUUAUAUUCCACGUUAUAAUGUUUCUCUUGAGUUUGAACGAGAAAUUGCUUUGCAAAGAUUAAAAAAGCUUGCUGAUCAAAGGUUUAUUUCUGUUUAUAAUUUUGAAAAUAAUCCUUUGAAUAUUUUUGCUGCUCAUGAAAUUGCCGGUAUGGUCGACAAUUCUAUGGGCACUAAGUCCGCGGUACAUGCUAAGUGGACCGUGGUAUUUGCACAAACUAUAAUUCGUGGUAAAAAUGAAGGAGUCCAUGCUAUUCUAGUCAGAAUUAGAGAAGAAGAUAUGAAAGUUUCUAAAGGUGUAGUUAUUGAGGAUAUGGGUGUCAAAUUUGAAUGCAAUGGCGUAGAUAAUGGCAAGCAUUAUCUUAUAAAUGUUCACCGUCAUCUUCAAUGCUGUGUACGAGUGCCGGUUGAAAAUUUACUCAAUCGUUAUUCUGAUAUUGAUGAAAGCAAUAAUUUUAUAAGUGGUGUUAAAAAAACUCGAGAGUUGGCAGUUGGUCCUACUGGAAAGAGUGAUACGCCAAUUUUAACCUAUCAACUUCAACAACGUGCCUUGAUUCCGCUUCUGGCUACAACCAUUGCUUUGAAUAUUGGACUUAAUUACUGUAAAACAGAAAAGGAUCAUAAUGAAGUUGUUAGGCUUUGUUGUAUGAUAAAGCCUUUGGUGACAUGGAAUUUUGAACGUGUGGCUACUACUUGUAGGGAAAGAUGCGGUGGACAAGGAUAUUUGAGUAUUAAUAGAUUUGGUAGCUUCAUUGGAUUCGCACAUGCUGGUAUGACAGCUGAGGGAGAUAAUAGUGUUUUAAUGCAAAAAGUUUCUAAGGAAUUAUUAGAUGAUGUCAAAUCUGGUGCUCUCAUGCUACCACGCAUCUCUGAUGUCGAAAAUGCGCAAAGAUGGGAUAUAAGAAGUUUAGACAAUCAAUUAAAAUUAUUUAAUCUAAGGGAACAAGGAUUAAUCAAAGAAUUAGGUACCAAUAUUGCCACCAAUACUAGUAAGGGGUCAUCCAUUUUCGAAGUUUGGAUGUUACAGGAAUCAGAUAUAGUCCAGGCAUUAGCUAAAGCACAUGGUCAUAGGAUAGUAUUAGAACAAGUUGUUCAUACACUUCAAAAACUUAAAGGCGGUUCCCACUGGAUAAUUCACAAUAUAGGCCGUCUUUAUGCCCUUAACAUAAUUGACUCAGAUCUUGCAUGGUACAUCACAAACAAUCUAAUUUCAGUUGAAUCUGCAUCAAUGGUACAAUCAUUGAUUCGAGAAAUAGUUGCAGAAUUGGCACUAUUAAGUUCGGAAAUUAUUGAUUCGCUGGGAGUUGAUCCACGCGUUUUGUAUGCACCUAUUGCUGACCAAUGGGCUAAAUUUAAUGAGACUGAUAAUCACGGUAAUUAUUCUUUUUAUCAAAAUUUUGCAUGGACUCGCAUAAAAAAUUAUGAAUAUUAA